AUGUACAGUAAUCCUCAAAACAAACAAAAAGAGCAGAGGGAAAGUCAUGUCAGAGCGACGUCCUUGAAUCCACGACCUCAGCUCUCCCUUUACGGAAACCGAGGCCGACGGAAAAGUAGACUUUUGUGGAUGUCAUCCCAUCAUACCGUAGCAUCAUAUUCUCCCAAAAAUAGAGCGAAGACGCAGUAAAAGGAAACCGCCGCGACAACAUCAAAAGUGAACCGGAUGGUAUUCAGAGAGCGCAGAGAAGACGAUCUACUCGGAUCAAAUUGUAAUCGACCGAAUGCACACAGCCGGCGAUUAAAAGGGAAAGAUUAGGCCACGAGGAGGAUCCAGGGUGACCAACCAGGGAUUAUUUGACAUACUGUCCAGACAUUUCCAUUCCCAUUCACACUGUCAGCUUUACUCAGCCCAUAAAAGUCCCAUUCCUCAAAGAUGAAACUUAUACGACCGCGCGUGUUAUACCACAACAAGUGAGUGGAGCAUCCGUCCGAGCGGAAACUACCCGACUUGAUUACAGGUCGGGAGCUGGCCUUUGAUGUAUCUAGUCAUUGGCCACUGCGAGUCUUACCUUUACGACCCCACCUGCCUCGGCUGA